AUGUUCCGAAGUAGUUUUCAAGAAGAAAGGGUCAACAAGGACUCCAAAUUGCAGGCGGUUUUUAGCAAAUUAACAGGGGUUCUUCCUAGGGCCGAAGAUUUAGGCAAUGGAAAUCCGAAAACUAUGUCCUCGGAUAUCAUCGAAUCGGUUUUGGCUGACACACCGGUUCCAACAAAUUGCAACGUAGACCCGUACGUCAUCACCGAGGACGCGCUGACCUCCAUAGCAUCUCUGACGCGACGCCUGGAGCAGGAGCUCCGAUCCGCCAAGCGCACCCAUCUGUCGUGCGGCGAGGUCCUUCUGCCGUGCGGCCUCCUGUCGCGCAUAUCGCGCGACAUCGUCGCCAUGGCGGAAUCGGAGCCGUGCGGCCUGCGCGGCUGCAAGUUGUACUUGCUCUUCGAGACCGACGACGGCUUCUGCACCAGGUUGGGCGCCGUGCAGUGCGACCUCACCACCGCCUCCACCUUCGAGCUCUACCUGACCCUGAAACAGAGCUCCACCGGGUGGAACUUUUUGCCGCAAUUUUUAAGAAACUUGACCCGUGGCGGUACAGUGGUAAUAAGUCCAGCUUACACCCUAAGCAAAAAGAAGCUGUACCGUUCAUUUAUCGAAUAG